UUAGCUUGAACGUGCGUGUUGCGGUGCAUGCAGCUCGCCUCGAUCUGUGUCUGGUGCCCCCGUCGCCCUCGCUGCCUCCGACACGUCUCCCCCUCCACGCGUCGCCGUCGUCGUCGUCCUCCUCCUCCUCCCCCCCUCGCCGUGGCGUGGCUUGCCUUCGCUGCUGCCUAUAUACGGCCCCGCGGCGACCGCCUUGCCUCCUUCUGUCCGUCUGUCUGCCCGUCCGGCUCGUCCGUCCGUCCUCGGGGGGUGUGGUGCGUGGGUGGCGCGGCCAUGAGUCUCGUCUGAGAGGUGAGGUGAGCCGCCGGCCGGCGAUUGGUUGAUGAGAGCAGGAGCCACGGCGGAGGAGGCGGCGAGGCGCGGACGCGAUGUCCGUUGUGGCGGCAGCGGCGGCGGUGGGGUCGUCGCCGGUGGGGGCGUCGUCGGCGUAUGGGAUGUGUGGGGGUGGGGGUGGGGCGAGGAAGAGGAAGGACGUGGUGCAGCAGCUGGAGGAGGAUCCGGGUGGCGGGGAUGCCGCCGGUGAGGACGCCGUGCGCGGGCUGUUCGUGCUGGAGACGGUGGAGGAGGAGGCGGGCGAGGAGGAGGAGGAGGAGGAGGAGCAGCGGUCCUCCAUUGGCGACGAGUCGGAGGAGGAUGACGACGAGGAGGAGGAGGUGGAGAGCAAGGGCGAGACGUGGCGGAGGAAGACGAAGAAGUGCGGCGGCGCGCUCACCUGCCUCGACGCCCUCGACGACGCCCUCCCCAUCAAGAGAGGGCUGUCCAACUUCUUCUCCGGCAAGUCGAGGUCGUUCGCCAACCUGCAGGACGUGGCCGCCGGCGCCACCGCGGCCAGCGGCGCCAACGUCCUCGCCAAGCCGGAGAACCCCUUCAACAAGCGCCGCCGCAUCCUCCGCUGCUCCUCCAUCCGCCGCGUCUCCUCCACGUCGCUCACCGCCCUCCCGCCCUUCCUCCCGGCGCCCCAGCCACUUCCCGACGACGGCAUCAACGGCGCCGGCGGCAAUGGCUGACCGACGACGACGGCGAGGAGAAUCACAACAAAAAAAGAAUUAAGCAAGAUGAAAAAAAGAUCCCUUUUUGUAAUAGUUUGGGAUCUCAGCUCAUCACAUCAAUCAUCAAAUCCAUCAUCAAAAUCCAUUAGAACUGCUUAGGUUUCUUGAUUUGUUUCUUCUCUUAGCAGCAAGCAUGCCAUCCUACCUCACUUACCACUGCCACCUAAGAUCAAAUACACUAGUAGUACUAAUCACUGUUAGCUACCUAAUUGCAUUGACCAAGAAGAGAUCAAUCAGAGCAUGCACCAACCAAACACACAUGUGGAGUAGUACUAAACAAUCCUUCUUCAGACUCUUGGUGCAUAAGCAUGCCAUGUAUCCUAACUUAGCUAGUGGAUGUGAUCUCAUUUCCUCACUAACCCUUCUAAUUUUGUCAAUAGCAAUAACAUUUUGUAUAAUCAAUCAAUAUAGUUUGUAGGAGGCAUGCAGAGACGAAUUUAAUCAAGCACCCAAUCUGUUCCUUGCACUUUCAUCCAUAUUAUCUACAUAAUGCAACUGUUUUUGUAUAUAGUGAAGUGCUCACUGUAGCUAGGGUUCAGCAACCACAACACUUGUAACCACCUUUGUGUGCAUCCAUCCAUGGAUGCAUGAGCAAUACUAUCAUCAUCAUGAUGGCUUUAAUUUUUUUGGGGGGCUAAUUAAAGAUCAGAAGCAAAUUAAGGCAAAAGAUUGUUCCUGCUGGUUGGUGCCCAGAUUGUACUUUAGGAUGAGUAAUCAGUCUCCAUUUCAUCUGAUUUUUCUUGGUCAUCAGGAGG